UAAAAAUAUUGUUUCUCCUUUGGAAAGUGAAAUAUAUUUGUGGAAAAUUAUUUUGCUUGUUUCAAUUAAAAAGAACAAUUAAGUGUUUGAAAUGGCUGAGGCGGAGUUGAAUCCUUUCGCAGCGCUACUGAAUGGACCCAAAGCAGAGGAGGGUUUCGAACAAGAUCUGAUUGAACGUAUUCUUCUAUUUACAUUGCGUAAAGAAGCAUCCCUUAACCCCAGCAGAAGUGAUCCGUGUAUUUCAAUGACUGAUAUUGUUGUUGCAGCAGAAAAUAUAUCAAAGAUAAGCGAGGAGUUACUAGCACAUGCCAUAUUUGAACGUUUAAUGCUUACCAAUCCGAAAGAUUAUUUGAUUGGAUCCGUCAAUGGUUGCGAAGAUGAAGCUGCUGUGGAAACUCGUGCAAUCUGUUAUUUGCAUCGGGCUUUCAUUGCGUGCGAAAAUGCAAAGAUCGAACUAACUGGCCAGAAGGAAGCUUGCGAAAAAAUACGAAAUCUAAUACUGACAAAUGCCAGUACAUGUACCCGUCAACCCGAAUUAUUUGUAAACCAAAAUUUGUCCAUACAAUGGUUGGAAGUGUUGGAACAUUCUGAUCCCGCAGAUUUCACUACACUUGAAUUCUUUGUACAGACUGUCAUGAAAGUAAUAGCAGACGAUGAACAAAUUGAAGCGUUAGGUGCUUUGAAAGCUGUAUUUUAUCCAAUGCUUGCAGAGUUACAAAAACAAUUGACAAGCGCCAAUCUAAUAACAAUAAAUAAAAAUAUAUUUUGGACUCUGGGUUUCUUCGUACGCGAUAAACGUGUACCUCAACUAGGUGAAGUUCUAAUCGAUUAUGUUACGCCCAAUCCGAAUGCCAAAGGCAAUGAGUAUAUGGAUACAUUGCUGGGUCAAUUACUUUGUCUCUCUAUUAUGCCCAAAAAGUCAAAUGGCCCUUUUGAGUUUUUUGCCGAUAUUAGCUUAGAAAUACAGCAGACAGACCCAUCUUUAUGGCAACUCAUGUCCAUACACCAAGACGCAUUGUUUACACUAAUCAAACAGUUGUUAGUAUUGAGCGCAACUUCCAAGAAGAAGACUUUACAAUGGCUAUCCAAUUGCUUGCAAGCAAAUACUUCCCGCGGUCACUUAUGGAGCAGUAUUAAUUUACCAUUUGAGCAGAUGAUGAAUCAAAAUGCUAGUGAUUCUUUUAUGAUUGGUGUAACAGCUGUACUUUUACGGCUUUGCGCGCCUUUAUGUGAGCCCGCCAUGAAGGUUUUAUUGGUCGACCCCACAUAUUGCGCUGUCGAAGAAGAGGAUCGUCAAGAAAAGCAAGUCAGCAUGCAAAAAGCUACUGAAGAAACCUGUCUCUUGCCAACUGAAGAAGGCGAGAAACGUAUUAUUGCUGAAAAGUAUAAUUUUGUCACCGAAAUAUUCUACUUGACACACAAAGCAUUUGAACUCGGUUAUCGCGCUUGUAUUGAACGCUAUUCACGUAUGGCUCGUGAAUUGCAUAGGCUACAAACUGCUUACCAUGAUGUGGCCCAAACAGAUCCAAAUAACGAUUUAGCUAAAAAUCUAUUGCGUGUAUUGAAAGAACAAAUGCAGCAGUUCCUUUGUAUGAGGAACGGGUUAAUGGAACCCACCAACGAUAGCCAUAUAAUUAAAUUUCUUGAAGCUUCCGCUAUAUGGCUAACUGAAAUUGCCACAGUGAACGAAGCUGAACUUCAAGAAGCUUCCGAUAAAAAGGACUUUGCGCCACAUACGCGUAAGGAACGUCGAAUUCCCGAUAAAUGUGUAUUUAUACCUCCAUAUUUAAGAAGUGUGCCCGAAAAUAUCAUUGAUAAUAUAGUAUCUUAUCUGAGUUUUAGUCGACACUUUCCACCCGGUCAAUUUAUUGAAAUCUACCAAUCAUCUCAUGAUGCACUUUUUAAAAUGAUAAUCUUAUUUAUGGGCAGUGCAGAGCUGGUGAAUAACCCACAUUUGCGUGCCAAAUUAGCGGAAGCUUUGGAAUUUCUGCUUCCUAAACAAAUAUCUGGAAGUAUGAGAAAUGUAUUUAUUACGCGUGUUUUCGACAAUAACGUGGAUCGUUUAAAAGUGGUACGUAGUUUGUUAAACGUUUUCGUUAGUAUCGAAAUGACAGGUCAAUCGGUACAAUUUGAACAAAAAUUCAAUUAUCGUCGCCCUAUGUACGCUAUAAUGGAAUAUUUGUGGACCAAAGAGGAGCAAGUUCAAUGCUUUAAAAACUUGGCACUUGAAGCAGAACAAAAUAUGGAAGCUAUUGAACCGCCGUUAUUUCUACGAUUUAUUAAUUUACUCAUUAAUGAUGCUAUAUUCCUAUUGGACGAAUCUCUUUCCAAUUUGGAGCAAAUUCGACAGUUACAAGAGGCACAGGCACGUGGCGAAUGGAACUCACUCUCACAAAAUGAUCGCCAGCAACAGUUAUCCAAUCUGCAUCACUUGGGAAACAUGGCACGCAUCGAUAACAUACUCGGCCGUGAUACUAUCAAUAUUCUAAAGUUGCUCACAACUGAAAUAAAAAGUAUUUUUUGUCACAACAGUAUGGUGGAUCGCAUUGCUGCCAUGUUAAACUAUUUCCUCUUAAAUUUGGUCGGCCCACAAAAGGAGCGUUUCAAGGUAAAGGACAAGAAGGAAUUUGAAUUUGAUCCAGCGCAAACCGUUUUAGAAAUUUGUCAUAUCUAUAUAAAUUUGAGUAGUAGCGAUCAAUUUUGUUUAGCUGUUUCGCAAGACGGUCGCUCAUAUAGUUCACAACUAUUCAAAUAUGCUGAAAAUAUACUCGUGCGCAUUGGUGGCGGACAACUUAUUGGAGAAAUCGCUGAUUUUGCUACCAAAGUGGAACGUAUGGAAGUACAAUAUCGCGAAGAGCAAGAAUUCAUGGCCGAUGCACCCGAUGAGUAUCUGGAUCCGAUCAUGUCCACGUUAAUGACUGACCCAGUAACGCUGCCUAGCUCUAAGGUGACCGUAGAUCGUUCGACUAUUGCGCGUCAUUUGCUUAGCGAUCAGACGGAUCCCUUCAAUCGUGCACCUCUUACUAUGGACAAAGUGCAACCAAAUAACGAACUUAAACUGAAAAUCGAAGUAUGGAUGGAGGAAAAGCGAGCAAAUGCACGCGCGACAAAAGAUUGAAAGCUCUAAUAGUAUAUAAUGAAGCCAAAGAUGUAUAUAUGAAGUUGUAAAUGGUGCGAGUUAAAAACUAUUCAUAGAUUUAAUUUUGUUUU